ACAUCUAACGCACCAUCAUAUUUAAAAUCAACCUACUACCGUUAUAAUCGUCAAAAUGGAGAAACCUUUGCAACAACAGCCCGUUGGUAAAGUUUCGCAAAUAGCGAAUCUUUUCCAACGCAAACCAAUUGAGAUACAACCAGUUGAACAAUUAAGUGCUGCUGCAGCAGCAGCCGCAGCAGCUGCUGCCGCCGCCGCGGCUGCAAAUGCAGCUGCCGGUACACCCGUGACCGUUGUUCGCACAGAAUCCCAUUCGGCACGUUUUAAUAACGCACGAGCUCUAUUCGAAAAACUCGGUGUCGAGAGUAAUUCAAACUUAAGUGUUAAACGUUCGGGUUCGCGUGAAGAUAAUCUCUGUGAUUUACAAAAUCAUUCAGAUCGUUCAUCGUCGAGAUCCUCAGAUCGUUCUGUGUCACCACCUAAACGACGUUCACCAUUUCCGUCCGGUUGUCAGGUGGCUGCCUCGAUGGCCAAUAAUAAUUGCAAUCAGCUAAAUGGUGGACCCAAUUUGGCCAAUUCUAAAUUCAUAAUGGAGCCUAGUCCGAAAUUUCAACAUAAUAUAUCACGUUUAAAAACUGAGGAAAGUGUAAAUUCUUCUUCAGGUGUGGGUGGCGUAAGCGCCCUAUUAUCCGCCGAUAAGCCCGAAAAACCCGAACGAAAAUUUAACUCACGCGAACUAAUCGAAAAACAGAAAAAGUGGACCUCGCACUUUACCAAAACAAAGACCACACGCUCACACAGUGAUCUCAAUCGCUGCGAUAUUAUACGCACUGGGCCGGGCACAGUACUAAUACCAAGCUCGGUUAUACAACAGAAAGAAUCGGUCUUAACUUCGCCAUUAAGUAAUCAUAAAAUGAGCAAUCAAAUGGAAACACGUUCUCCCAUUUUGGCCAGUCUCGCUCAUGAACAGGACAAACCACCCAGUCCGCCGGUAAGACAUUCCGUACAACCGCCCGAAAUAAAACCGCGCAGUUCUAAUAAAAUCGGUAGUCCAGUAAAAUCGCCACCACUGCCACCCAUACCAGCGGUUAAACCGAAAAAUAUCAGUCCCAUAAAACUAAAUCCGGAGCGUGUACGUUCACCUACAAAAAUCUCCGAACCACCACCACCUCCACCAGCCAAAUCGGCUGCCGCUGCAGCUGCCCAACAACGUUCAAUCGAUGAACAGAAUGGCAUAGCACCGCCACCGAUACCACCCGAAAAACCACGUAAAAAAUCUAUAGAUUUAGUGGAGACUGAAACGCCCGUUUCGCCCACCAAACAACCACCAUAUGCUUAUGCUGCCAAACGAGCCUCCAUUGAUAGUCUGGGCAAUAGUAAUUCCACAGCCAGUGGUAAUGGUAUGCUGAGUGGUAGUAGCAAUUCGGCAGCCUCACCUGCAGCCAGUGCUUCUUCGGGACCCUCGUCGCCGGUGCAUACCGAAGAUGAGAAACAGGAAAAUGAAUCAACGGAAAAGUCGGAAAUGCAACAACAGUAUUAUAACAGUAUGCCUCGUAGACGGAAGAGCGAAAAUGAAGGACGCUCUAAUAAAACGGAUCGCCAGACACAGGAUAUCACCGAUAAUGCCAGUGUACAAAAUCAUAUCACUUCACCACAACGUUCCUCCAAACGUGUUUCAAGCAUUUCCGUUAACAUGCCAGCGGCCGGCUUAGGCUCUCGACCGCCCAGCAUUAUCUCCUCAACGAACAGCAAUGACGAGGGUGGUUUCAAUGAACCUUCACCCGAAAUUAAGGCAAAACUAAGGCCUGCCUAUGACUUUGAAAGUCCUAAACAUCAAACGCGUCAGGUGCUACAGAGUCCCACCAAAAUCCAUAAAACGGCUAACGAGCCACAGGCUGCAGACGAGGCCGAUGAAGAGGCUGACAAACCUAGUCUUAAUUAUGUAGAUGUAGGCUAUCGUCUUAAUCCCGAUGGCAGUGAGGCUCGUGAGGUAUUUGGCGAAUCAGAGCUAUAUGAUACCGCUGCCAAAGUUUCGGAUAUGCAUAAGAAAUUUCAUGCUAAUGGUUUUGCCCAAGAGACUAGCACAGUUUAUGCCAUUAUUAAGCCAGAUUUGUUGCCCAAUAAUCCUACAGAUUUGUAUUAUGCGGCCAAGACUCAGCCUCAGGAUAAAAUAACUUCACCCACUAAAACUAAUUCGGGAGCAAAUUCCCUAGUAGGUUCACCCACAAAAACUGCCAGUUCUCCACCCGUGGGUGUGGUCUCACCCAUACGACGACGCAGCUCGGAAAUAAGUAUUAAAUCCACACCACCCAUGUCACCGGCCUCGGCUGCCAGCAAUGCAAAUUCAUCUUCCAAUUCACGUUCCAUGUCUUCGAUUGCCAAGGGUGUGGCUCCCAUAGCCUCACUCGAUGCAAAUGAAGACUUAGGUUCUUCUGACAUACCAGCAUUACCGGAGAGACCGCCACCGGCGGCUGCUCUUAUAAAUAAUGUUGAUGUUUUAGAUCUGCAGGAUUUGGAAUAUGCCGAUACUAGUGCUGGCGAAGAUGAAGAUGAUUUAAUGCGUACCAUUGAGGGUGAUGUGGAUUUAGUUGAUGAUCUUUAUAUUGAUGAUAAAAUAAUGCCGAUAUCGGAACCAGUUGCUGCACCAGCUGAGGUUAUUGGACGAGAAGAUAGUCUACCCGAUGCCAUGACAGCCGAUGAAGCUGAGCGAUUGUUGAGCUCAAGAAUUUUGGAAAGCAAAAUAAGACAACAAUCACUUUUAUCUGACGAACAAGCCAAAGAAGUUGAACAAAUACUAUCAGCAGCACCCACUGUUGGGGUUGCCGUUGCAGCGGUAGUAGCCACCGCUAAAUCACCCACUAGCAUUAAGAAUCUCAUAGAGGAAGUAACGCCACAAACACCAUCGCCACCAGCUGAAAGUCACAAACAACAGGAGCAACAACAAAAAGAAAUAGAACAGAUUGAGAAGGAAAUACAACCGGAAUCGGAAAAAGACACAAAUAAUUUAGAGGAACUCAUAUAUAAUGAUAAACAAGAAAACAUUUCAAUAAACCAAAAGCAACAGCAACAGCAACAACAACAACAACAGCAGCAUAUUAUCAACAAUUCUGUUAUAAAUAUACAAACAACUUCAGUUUCAUCACUAGCUGACAAAGAUGAUGACGAUAAUGAUGUUGAAGAUGAGUAUAACGACAACGAGGAUGAUGAUGAUAUUGAAGAUGUAGAUAUUGUUGGGUUUGGCGCCACUUCUGUAUGUAUUAAUUCAACAUUUACUAGCACAUCCUCUUCGGCAUUAGUAGUGGAAAAACAGGAAACAAAUACCACAACUACAGCUGUAACAAAAACUGCAACAACAGUUCAAAAUGAAACAGCAGCCACAGCUACAAAGCCUGAUGACGAUGAACCAGAAUGGUUGCGUGAUGUUUUAGAGGCUCCCAAACGUAGUUUAGAAAAUUUAUUAAUUUCAUCAUCUGCAUCACAACAUACUUCUAGGGAUAAACAUUCCGUUGAAUCAACCUCAUCGACAUCAUCCUCCUCAUCUUCCUCCAUACUUGCCAAUGAUGUGGUCGUUGUAACCACUGCCUCAAAAGUUGAGACAACCUAUGAUGAAGCCAACGAUAGCACCACUAUCUAUAUAACAUCACAAUGUGAACAGCAACAACAGCGCCAUCAUUAUUCUCCCGAUAAAUAUAAUCAGCAACAGGAAAACUCUUCGCCUACUUCAUUUUUGAAUCGUACAUUCAUACAAGAUUCCACUGUUAACUCAACAUUACAUAAUAAUACAACAACUGGAACAGCAACAGCUGAGUCAUUACAUGAAUCAAUUGUUUCGGUUGAAUCAACCCAAUCGGAUGCCACAUUUAAUCAGACGACAACAAUUGACGAUAGCAUUAUAUCGAGUAAACACAAUUCCACUUACUCAUUGGCCGAUAACGAGCAGCAUUCAUCAUUGAAUACAACAACUGAAUUAGAUGAUUCACAGUUCUAUAUACCGGAAUACCCACCGGUGCGCAGUAAAGAAGUCUAUGUCGAAUCGGGGGUACAUUACUUUGAAGAUGGCAAUUUUUGGAUGGAAGUACCCGGUCUCCUAGACUUCGACGACGAUGAACUCUCUUAUCCACCCAUACCGGUUAAGAAAAAUCCAAAAGUACGCUUCAGUUCGGGACCAAUACAAGUCUUUUCUACAUUCUCUGUCAAUGACUAUGAUCGCCGCAAUGAAGAUGUCGAUCCAGUGGCCGCUUCAGCGGAAUAUGAAUUGGAAAAACGUGUUGAGAAAAUGCACGUUUUCCCAGUGGAACUUAUGAAGGGCCCCGAAGGAUUAGGUCUCAGUAUUAUUGGCAUGGGCGUAGGAGCCGAUGCUGGUCUUGAGAAAUUGGGUAUAUUCGUGAAAACAAUAACAGAUAACGGUGCAGCGGCACGCGACGGACGCAUACAGGUCAAUGAUCAAAUCAUCGAAGUGGAUGGUAAAAGUUUAGUGGGUGUAACACAAGCAUAUGCAGCCUCAGUGUUGCGCAAUACAUCUGGUCUAGUCAAAUUUCAAAUAGGAAGGGAACGAGAUCCGGAGAAUAGUGAAGUGGCUCAGUUGAUACGCUUAAGUUUACAGGCGGAUAAGGAAAAGGAAGAAAGAUUAAAAAGACAACAAGAGGAGUAUCUCAGACGUACUUUAGACUACUCUGAAGAUUCUACCCAACCCGUUUCGGCUAAUUCUAGUGUUUGCGAGGGACCCACUAGUCCCGUUCAAGUCGAACAUCCCAUGGAGGUCGAGGCUACACACUCACAAGAGGUAGAGUCUCUUAAGAGACUGCUACAAGAGCAUAAAGCGAGCGAAAUGAGUUGCCUUUUAAAGGACGACUUAAUAGACACCCUUAAACGUAAGCUCGUCAAACUUGAAACAACGGGCAAUGAAAAUGAACUGCUUAGCGAACGUUUGCGACAAAGCGAACGUGAACUGGUAAAUAUUAAAAAAGAGGCUGCUAAUCUACAAAACAUGCUGCAACAAUCGCAGGCCCAGUACAUGGCCCUCGAUAAGAAAUACAAUAAAGCCAAACGUUUGGUACGCGAGUAUCAACAACGUGAGGUAGACAUGUGCCAUCGUGAGGAAUUCUAUCAGCAGUUGCUGCAAGAAAAAGACACGGAAUACAAUGCUUUGGUGAAAAAACUUAAGGAUCGUGUUAUUAAUUUAGAACAUGAACUACAGGAGACACAACGUAAGGGUGGCUUUCCAGUCGGUUUACCCUAUGACAGUGCCACUCUUAAGUUAACGCCCCAGAUGAUGCGUAAAGCACCGCCAAAACCUUUAUUCCAGAAAUUGGAAACUGAAUUAUCAGAUACUGAAAUAUCGGAUUUAUCACCUGACGGCGAGGGUGUUAAGACUGCAACGGUGGAACGUAAGAAUCCAGUUAAAGAUGAAUUAGAUGCAGCGGUGCCACAACAUGAAUUACUGGAUAAUUCGGCAAAUAAAACGAAAAUUGAUUUGGCUUCCCGUGGUGGUCUAGCAAAUCGUCAAUUGCCAUCGGUUAAUAAUUCCAAUACUAGUUCGAGUGCCUCGAAUGCCACUACAGCGGUCACCAUAGCAGCUGCCAAUAGCACUAACAAUUUAUCUAAACGCACUUUAAGCAACAGUAGCUCUGAUUGUGCUCUCGAUGAUAGUGAGGAUGAGACUGCUGCUGCUCCAGCUACUGCUGGCUUAAUGCUUAAUAAUAUUCAUCAUAAUCAUCACAAUUCCACGUCAACACAUGAACUUAAUAUUUUAAAUGGUUUGCAUCAACUUCAACAACAGCAACAACAACACCAACAUCUACAACAACAACACAACAAUAUCAUUAGUAAUGGCCAUCACAACAAUAGUAACAAUAUUUUAAAUAAUAGUAACAGUAACAAUAACAGUAAUAGCAAUAACAUUUGUAAUAAUAGUAGUAACGGUGGCGGCGUUAGUAGUGUUGGAGUAGGAGUAGUCGUCGGUGGUAUUAGUAAUAAUACUAGUAACACUGGUAUUAUUGCCGGUACAACAACCGCCAUUUUACUUAAUUCCACAUCAUCCUCAUCAUCAGCAACAUCAUCAUCAGUUAAUACUAGAGAACAGCAAAUUAAUCAAUUGUAUGCUCAAGUUCAUAAGGAUCAUAAGAGUUCUGCAUCAUCUGCUUCACAUACCGGCUUGCCGGCAUUAUUUAAAAAUACUCUGGGCUCACCCGGCGGUAUUGAAACGUCGUCUAGUCCUAAUGAUUUUCAUCGUGGUGGCAUGACCACAUUCGGUACUAGCAGCCGUGAUCUCAAUAGUUCAUAUGAUUCCAUUCUAGGAUCGAACGAUAAACUAUCGGAAAACGAACAAUCAUCGGAGAAUUGGAUGUAUCCGAGUCGACGACGUGUCGGUCCAACGGGAGCAAUAAUAAGUGGCAAAUUGCCACCGACAUCAUUUACGGAACAAUUAAAUCAAGCAUUAACGGAGAGAGAAAGACGUCUGGGUGAUGGCUCAUCACGACAUUCCAGCGAUGAUUAUACCGAAAUAAAUAAAUCACAAUCAGUGGCAGCUAUAAACUGUAAAACUUUAAUAAAUGAAAUACGACAAGCUGUAAAUGAGGCUCAACCAAAAGUUAAACAAGUUAUUCCUCAAUCUUUAUCUCCGCCUGGUACAGUACCAUGGCAACAGCAAACUUCGUCUCAUAGCAAUGGUCCUCCCUCACCAACAAGUAUGUCUUCGGGUUGUUCUUCACCCGGUUAUUCUCCUAGCAGGGGUUUAGAUUUAUCGGGUUCAAGUUCGAGUUUUUCGGAACGUAAGGCAGCGGCUUAUAAUUAUAAAGGAGGACCAGUUCAUGAAUGGACCAAAGAGCAGGUUGGUCAUUGGCUUUUGGGCAUUGAAAUGGAACGUUAUAUACCCGUUUUCAAAGAGCACAAUGUCGAAGGUGGCGCUUUGUUAUCUUUAGAUUCGAAAGAUUUAAAAACAUUGGGCGUUACCGGCGACGAUAAGCAUCGUUUAAAACGACGACUUAAAGAUCUCAAGGCCAGCAUUGAAAAGGAACGCAAAGAUCAGGAACGUGAGCGACGAGAACGUGAAAAGGCCAUACGCAAGGCGGAGAAAAAAGCGGCCAAAAAGAAAUAAAAUUAAUUAAUUAAAUAAAACUAAUUAUAAAUAAUAAUAAAAACAAACAAAAAAAUAUUUUAAUUAUUUUAAAUUAAAUUUAAACUAAAUUAAAUUAGUUUUUAGAAACUCUUAAUAAUUAAGCUCUACCAAAUAUAAAUUUAAACAUAUACAAAAAAAGAACAUACAAAACAAAACUUAGCGAAAAAACUCAACUUUGUCCAAAAACAAAGAAAAAUCAACAACAACAACAACAACAACAGCAAAAGGAAAUAAUUUAAAUAAAAUAAUUAUUUAUGUAUUAAUUUAUAAAAUUAACAAAAAAAUACCACAAACAUAGCAUUAGUAGUAAUUUUAAUCUAAACAAAAUAGUCUAAUGAUAAGUUACUUAAAUAGAAAACGAUUUUCAAAAAACUCAAA